UAUGUACAAUUUCAACAUUAUAUAUCACUAGGGAACCUUGUAAUUUUCCAACUAUAUAUUAAAAUUCUUUCAAUACUUCCUUCACUGCUAAACCACUCGUGUUUUCGUAGCUUGCCACAAAAAAAACCUAGGUAUAUAAUAUGGUUUUCAAUAAAGUUCAUCCCAUGCUAGUUGUGUUAAUAGUUUUGAUCAUUUCAAUUGGGGAGAAGCCUUUAGUUAUAGAAGGAAGAGUUCUUUCCUUAAUAUCUCAUCAAGGGUACUCAAAGAUUUUUGCGACGCUUGGGGUUGUUUGCAAGUGUUGUGAUGAUGGAAUCGAAGGUGCCUGCAAAGAAACAUGGACAGAUUCUUGCUCUAACAUACAGUGUUUGCCUUGGAAAACACACUAGUUAUGGACAAAGUUAAUCUCGUGUAGCAUUUUUUUAUGACUUAUUUGAGAUGUACAUGAAUUUUGAGAAAUGGUAUGGAACUUAAUUAUAUGAUUCGAAUUGCUUA